CUCUCUUUCUCUCGGAGUUUAUUCCGCUUUCAGGCGCCUCACCCUUCCUUCGAUUACCAGCGUAAAGGUAAGCGAUCUGCUUUGCUUGUCCAUGGAAGAACGACGAGGUCAUCUCUAGGUUCUCGGUGGAGUGAUCAUGCUAACUUCAUUCAUUUUUAGGGUUUUGAUGUAAGACACCAAAAAACUUUGUUGCUUUGGACUGGGCGAUGUUUACAGUGAGAAACUGGAUUCUAUUUGGAUUGUUGAGAGAAUUGGGAGUAUUUGCUGAUAUUCUCUUCUCAUGGUUACCAUUCUAUUAUGGAGCAAAGCUUGGCGCCUUCCUGUAUUUGUGGCAUCCCCGGACAAAAGAACCACUAGCAACGCCAGUGCACUGAGCAACAUGACCCUGGAAGAGUGCCAAAGUUUGUGCUGGACGAACUGUUCUUGCGUGGCAUUUUCUAUGAUCAGAGACAUGUGCCUAUCUUGGCCUGCUGACCUGAUGGAUAUUAGGGUUUUUGCACAAGGCGGCAAUGAUCUAUACGUUCGGCUUGCAGCUUCUGAAUUAGAUUCAAUAAGGAGUUCAGGAAAGCAGAAAUCAUUAGUGAUAAAAGUUUCUGUUCUAGUGCUGAGCUUUCUAUUGUUACUAUGUGUUGGUUCAUUUUUAUGGUUGGAGCGAAGAAGCAAGCUCGUUAAACCAGACAUAGUAGAUCCCUCCACUCCCAAAGAAACAGAGCUCGACUUGCCGUUAUAUAGUAUGGUUUCGAUAAGAGCUGCCACAAAUGAAUUUUCAAGAGACAAUAUAGUUGGAAUGGGUGGAUUUGGCUUUAUUUACAAGGGUAAAUUAGCAGAUGGACAAGAGGUUGCUGUGAAAAGAUUGUCCAAAGCUUCUGAACAAGGUACAGAUGAGUUCAAGACUGAGGUUUCGAUCAUUGCCAAACUACAACACCGAAAUCUUGUUCGUCUACUGGGUUACUGCAUCGAGGAUGAGGAAAGAAUCCUGAUCUAUGAGUUCAUGACAAAUAAAAGCUUGGACACUUUCAUAUUUGGCCAUGUUCAAUCUGUUCAAAGCUCACAAAGAUCCUAG